UGUUCCCCUGGCCAGAUGGGAUGCACCUGCAACAAGACGCACGAUCACAACAUUCGUGUUAGCAGCAGAGCUUCAGAGCUGGGUUGGACAAACUGGCGCUCUCCUUGGCUUCUAUUUUUAACAAUUUACAGCAGAACAGAAAUCCUGGGUCCACUCCGUGCCAGCGCAGCAGAGCAGAUGGACCAGGUAUCCAACCGGUCAGGAGUGGGCAGUGAUGACAUCACAGACGAGUCAGCAUCCUUUGUGGAUGUCAGGUGGAGCUCUGAUGAAGAAGGGAGCUCCGACCCUCAGGGACAGUGUCUCGCAGCACCUCAGACUCCUCUGCCGACCUACAAACAGAGGCUUGAUGAAUUUAAGAAGUUGUUUAAAGAGCUGCCGGAGUCAGAGAGACUCAUAGUGGACUACCCGUGUGCCCUGCAGCGAGACAUCCUCCUUCAGGGACGCCUCUACCUCGCAGAGAACUGGCUCUGUUUCUACAGCAAUGUGUUUCGGGGUACCAAGAUUACACUACCCCUAAAAGACAUCAUAACUAUGACCAGGGAGAAAACAGCCCGUCUGAUUCCCAAUGCCAUCCAGAUCUGCACAAGCACCGACAAGUUCUUCUUCACGUCCUUCUCGGCAAGAGAGAAAAGUUACCAGGGUGUUUUCCGCAUGUGGCAAAACACACUGUUGGACAAGCCUCUGACCAGCUGUGAGUUGUGGCAGAUGGUCAAACAGCAUUAUGGGUAUGACCUGGGCCUGAGCAAUGAAGAGAUGGAGAACUUACAGAUAUUAGCAGACUCGAGCGUGCAGACCAGCCUGACAGCGAGGCCUGGUGGUGAUGAGGCUAUAGGGAGGCUGGAGCGCCCCCCUACCCUUCGCCUUCCUGGGAUGGAGCAGGGGCCUUUAGAGACCUCCACUCCUCAAGGGGAGGACUUACCUUCCCCUCUCGGCUCACAGAACUCUCCCAACGCGCAGGAUGACGCUCGCAGCACCCCGUCCCUGCGGCGCAGCCCUGUUCCCUCGCUGGACCGCCUCGCCCCAGAACGGGUUUCCAAGCGCUCCUCGCUGUCUCUCGACCUCAACGCCAACGAGAACGAGUUGUCUGAGCAGAGCGGUUCAGAAAGCAUUGAAGAUGUGGAGGAGCGAGUGAGUACAGCCCAAGUUCCGGGUCGACUUUAUCUAAACAGGGUGUUUCACAUCAGCGCCAACAAGAUGUUUGAGCUGCUCUUCACCGACUCCAGCUUCAUCCGCAGGUUCAUGAACGUCAGGAAGAUUACCAACGCCAGCUUUAAUGCUUGGCAAAAGGACGCCACAGGAAACAUGAAGAGGAGUCUGAACUACACGAUAACCAUCAGCAACCCUCUGAUUGGCAAGUUCUCCACCGCUACAGAGAACCAGACGCUGUACAAAGAAUCCAGGGAUGGUCAGUAUUACCUCCUGGACUCCGAGGUUUACACUCACGACGUUCCCUACCACGAUUACUUCUACACUCAAAAUCGGUACUACAUCAUAAGUCUCUCGAAACGGAAGUGUCGACUCAGGGUCUACACCGAUGUGAAAUACAAGAAGCAGCCAUGGGGCCUGGUCAAGUCCUUCAUCACCAAAAACUCCUGGAGCGGCAUAGAAGAUUAUUUCAAACAGCUGGAGACAGAACUGAUGGAGGAGGAAGUGGAGAUGAAUCAAGGAGGUGGAGAGUCUGGGAAGGUCGGUGGGCUUCGGAGGAGGAGGCGGACAUACAGCCGGAUUCUGCCGGAGCACUUGAAGCCCAACAAGCAGUACUUGCAAGACCCCGAACAGCACCGAGACGGCAACAUGGGCCCCAUAGAAGUUACCAGCCCGCACAGAUGGAACACCACCCUAAUAGUGGCUGGCAUGAGUGUGAUUUUGCUGAUUCUGACGUUGAUGAACCUGGGGCUGUUUUUCAAGUUGUGGGCCAUGGAGGAUGUAGCCCACCGCAUGUACCUGAGCACAAAGCAGCGGCUGAGGGAGAGGACUGAGGCCAGCUUGGCCCAUGAAUAUGGCCCCAGACAGGCGCCAGGCUUCAGGAACAGAGAGGACGCAGAGCUUCUAAAAAAUGUACUGCAAGACUCCAUCAACCUUUUAGAACAGCUCCGCAGCUCUCUGGUGGUGCUGCAGCAGAACUUUGCUAUGGCCAAUCGCACCGCAGCACCACAGUGAUGCUCCACACCUGGAGACGGCAGAGUGCCUCUCCUGGCUCUUUGCAUGGUGGGGGGGGGAGGACUGCAGAAGUGAACUGCCUCUGAGGAAAUCUCUAGUAUCCAGUGACGUUGCCAUGUAGACGUCCCCAGACCUGUGCUGCCAGGGGUUACACGUCCCAAAGCCUGUGGCGGAGCAUCAGGUGCCAGGAUGUUUUUAAAGCUGUGGAGUGAUUUGCUGCGAGGACAAAGUUACAUCAGAGUUUGCUGCACAUGGAGCAGUGAGUUUAGAUUUCUGCAGGGUGCUAUUGUCUGCUCCCUCGCCUGGUUUCUUUUUCACUCUUCCCUUAAAUAGCAGCAUUGGAUUUCGGAGAUAACACCUUCCCCACGUGCCUUUCUAUGUUCUGAUGAGCCUCGUGCCGCAUCAAGUGAACUGUUGGAAAUACUUUUAUUUUUGUUUUAUUCCAGGGAAGUGAGUCAAUAUUAUUUAAAACAACUAUUCACAUUUUUUGCACAUAUUUUAGUUUUUGCACAAGUGCCUUGCAGAUUAGGCUGUGUUUUAAGAUAUAUUUUGGGAUUUUUAUUUUCUUUUUUCUUUUCAAUAAAGAUUGUACAAUCAGUGACGCAGAUUUAAAAGUUUGUACUCUUUGUGAUCAUCUUUUUUGUAUAUGUAAACUGCUGAAAUUAAAUUUACAAAUGCAAAUAGAAAAAAGCCUUAAUUGUAUAAUACUGUAUAGGAGCCAACUCUGGUGUACAGAAGAUAUGCUAAAGGUGUGCCUUGUUUUCUUCAAACCACAAUCAGUACAUAUUUGAUUCAUUUUCCACAUUUACCUGUAAAUGUGUAAUAACAGUUUCUUUUCUACACUGAACCAAAUUAUUCGGUGUGAUUUUAAGGUCAGUGAAAUGCUCUCAGGUUAUCUCAGCACUGUGCUCUCCGAAUGUCAACACUACAUGCAAGCUUGUUCUGUGAUUUACAAAUUCAUAAACACUUAAAUCCUUUUUUAAAAAAAUUAUCAAUUGUUGGUGACACACAACUACAAUUGCCUUGAGCCUUGUUUGAUGUUUACAGUGUUGCCAUCAUCGUUGUAUGUUUGUUUGGCUGUUCUUACCUAAACACACUUGUUUAAAAUUGGUUUCUGUUUUGCACAUUUUUAGCCAUACUGCAAUUCACUGUUUUAAUAAACAAGAUUUCUUGACAGAA